AUGCUCCCCGGGCUUUCGUCGUGGCCAUCUGCACGGGUGUCGGGCAGUCUGCCCGCUGCACUGCUCGCCAUAGUGUCAACCUUCAUAUUCACUGCUUCACCCGUCAGGGCAGCGGAUCUAGCAAGUGUGCUGGCUGGGCAAAAGAACUUGACUGUCUUCAGCGGCCUGUUGACCGAAUACCCCGAUCUCUUUGCCAACCUCAGUUCUGUCACUGUUUUGGCGCCUAAUGAUGCUGCCUUUGACAAGCUCGGAAACUGGGGAGCCGUGAGCUCGAACCCGGACUCGGUCAAGUCGAUUAUAAACUACCACAUUAUCAACAAACUCGUUACAUCUUCAUCGAUAUUCAAGGGCGCCUCGACCUUCGCGUCGACAAAGUUGACGGAUCCGGCGUACACCAAUGUCACGGGUGGGCAGACCCUGAUUCUCACCAAGGAUCCUUCGGAAAGCAUUGCCGUUACCUCCGGCUUUGCCACGCGAGGCACCCUUAUUGUCGAGGAUCUCAAGUUUGAUGGCGGUCUGGUCCAUGUUAUUGACUCGGUCAUGCGAGUGCCCGGGUCGAUUGAGGAAACGGCCCGCGAGGCGUAUACGGACCUCACGGCCUUUCUCGGCGCGCUCUAUGCUGUCGGAAUAGUUUCGGACUUCACCCAGCUGGGUAAUGUCACCAUCUUCAUCCCGCACAGCUCAGCCUUCCAGGAGCUCGCCGGAACCUUCUCCAGCAUGGGGCAGGACCAGCUAAAGCGCGUUCUAAAUUACCACCUCAUUCCCAAGACGGUAUUGCACUCGUGGCAGUUUUUGGACAGCUCGGCCCUCACAACGAAUUCUGGGGGCAUAAAGGUCAACAUCGAGCUUGACGCAAACAGCAUCUACAUCAACUCUGCUCGUAUCAUCCAGGCGGACAUACUCAUCGACAACGGUCUGGUACAAAUGAUUGACAACGUCCUGAAUCCCGACGUCCCCAACGCGAAACCCAACCUCACAGCCGCCACGCAGACUCCAGUAUUCGACGUGUCAGGCGCCGCACAGACGGGCACAGGUGCGGCCACGCCUUUCUCGAACGAUAUCCCUUGUACCGUCAGCUGUCUAGUAAAACCGACGGGCACCCUAGGCGGAGGGGUGCAAAGCUCGUUGAGCAGGGCGGGCGUUCCCGCACCGAGGUGUACGGGGGUUCUUGCCGGGGCCGGCAUGGGCCUCGGUAUGGCCAUUGGUGCCAUGAUAGCUUUGUAG